AGGAAUGCGACAACAAACCAGAAGAAGAGGCGGCAGCCGCAGGAGCAGGCUUGUGUACAGUCAGGGUAGCUUGUCCAAGCGUGGCAGCAGACGGCCAACACAGAAAGUCACAAACAAAUAAACAAAUAAACUGCUCUUACCGUCACAAUGCUCCCUCUGUCCUUGCUGAAGACUGCCCAGAACCAUCCCAUGCUGGUGGAGCUGAAGAACGGAGAGACUUACAACGGUCACCUGGUCAGCUGUGACAACUGGAUGAAUAUCAAUCUGAGAGAAGUCAUCUGCACCUCCAGGGAUGGAGACAAGUUCUGGAGGAUGCCUGAGUGCUACAUCCGGGGAAGCACCAUCAAGUACCUGCGAAUCCCCGACGAGAUCAUCGACAUGGUGAAGGAGGAGGUGGUGUCCAAGGGCCGCGGCCGGGGCGGCCUGCAGCAGAACAAGCAGCAGGGCAAAGGAAGAGGAGGGGGAGCCGGCAGAGGAGUGUUUGGCGGUCGGGGCAGAGGAAUGCCCGGCGCCGGACGAGGGCAGCAGCAGCAGGACAAAAAGCCAGGCAAGCCUCAGGGGAUGAAGAACCAGCACUAACAGGCAGGAGGAGAGAGCUCCUGCUUUAGAAGAACACAUCCCAUUUUUUUUUUUUUUUUUUAGUUUUGUUUUUUUUCCAGAGCAAUGACGCCUUCAUUAAACGGAGGUCAAAUUAACUCAGUAAUAUUGCCAUCGUCCUGCAGUUUUGUUGAGUCUGACCUCCUGUUGCAGAAUCACACUGGCAGAAUAGAAUUCAGUUUGUGCGUUUGCACUGGAUAUUUUCUCUUUAAGCAAUUACUGUCUAAGAGUAUUUGGUAACUGUUUUCACAGCGGCUUUAUACCAGUGUACCACAGUUGUAAUCGGUAACACUUUUUAUUUUAUUGUGUUUUUAUUUUAUUUUAUUGCUCCCACACUGCACGUCAGACAUCACCUGUCAGUCAAAGAGUGUGGGCGGGACUGCACCGUCUUUCUGUUGAGGAAGUUUGAGUCUCUGUAGGUGGCGCUCUUUUCUUUUUCAUUUGGAAUAGACAGACAAAGCAACAUAAAACGCAUCACUUCCUGUACAGCAGGAAAGAGCUGAGUGUUUGCAACAGCAAAUGAAAAAGCUUUCUGUAACUGGAUGGAUCAUGGCAGUCAAGAAUAGAGAGAAGCCAAACAGACAUUUAUGUGAAAAAAGUUGCCGAUUAUUUCUUUGACCUAUGGAACCGGAUUGUUUAUUACACAGUAAUAUUGCACAAAUACUUAAAAUCAAAUCUCCCUGAUUUGUAAUGCCAUCACGAGGUGUACCAGUACCAUGUAAGUUUAAAGUGAACUCAUGUAGUUUUUUGUAUUUACGCUAUUGUUACACCCUUGCUGCAACAUUGUGUAUUAGGAGGAUUUUUAUUCAGCAUUUACACAGCAUAAGAACGCACUGCAAACACUCUUCCGUAGGCUGGUACACUGGACUAAGGCCGUUUUUGUCUUUGCUCCUCAUCCUGAAUCCUCCGUGUUUCAUUUUCCUCAAAUGAAACUCUGCCCAGCCCCAACUUAAGAUGUGUGUACUUUAUUAUUUUUUCAAGCUUUGUCUAUUCCUGUGUUUAGUUUUAUGGCGUGCUCGUCGUUUGAGUCGGACGACGGCUGGCGGAACAGGCGGCCGUCAACUUUGGGGACGCGUUUUUAAGUCCCUUUACAUUUGAAUACUUUUUGUUAACGGGUUUGUAUGAUGACACAUAAGGAUUAGCAGGGCAGUUUCUCAUAUUCUUAAGUCUGAAACAGAUGUGGCCAACAUGUUUCAUGUUGGUUGGGUUUCAUUUUAUUUUUGUAAACAAAAGACAAUGUUGUAAUUUAUUUACAAGAGAACAUGAGAAUAAAUCAACUUUUGUUAAA